AUGAGACAACUUAAUGUUGUCAUUGCUGAUGAUCAGAGUUUAGCUUUUGUGUCUGAUAAGAACGCCUCCAUUGCUAAAGCUCUUGCGAAAGUGUAUCCGCAUUCUCAUCAUGGAAUUUGCAUUCACCACUUGUUGAACAAUGUUGUAACAUAUUUCAAGGGUAAAGGUGUCGCUGGUUUGGUUGCAAAAGCUUCUAAAGCUUAUCGAGUAGCUGACUUUAAGAAGAUGUUCACUGCUAUUUUCGUAAUUAGUCCUGAAAUUGGAAAAUAUCUAAUAGAAGCUGAUGUGAGUAAGUGGGCUCGUUGUCAAUUUCCGGGUUACAGGUAUGAUGUUAGGACCACUAACCCUGCUGAAUCGAUAAAUUCUGCUUUGCGUUCACCAAGAGAGUUUCCAGUUAUACAUUUGUUGGACAGCAUAAGGGAAAUGAUGACUCGUUGGUUUUUCAAGCGUAGAACUUUAAGUUUUAAGCACACGCAGCCACUGACCAUUGCGGUGGAGAAGAAGAUUGACCGAAGGAUUGAGAAGGGUAAGAAGUUUCAAGUUUCCCUAAUUGGCGAUGACAGGUUUUUGGUUCAAGGUGACACUUUUGAAUGUUUGGUUGACUUGGUCAGACGCACAUGUUCAUGUGGGAAAUUCGAUUUGAUGAAAAUCCAAUGCAGGCACGCCAUAAAAGCAGCUUUCAGUGUAGGCAAACAAGCACUCACACUUAUUGACGACAUGUAUACCACUGCUUCAUGGAGAUCGGUCUAUGAGGAAACCAUAAAUCCUAUUAGUGUUCCGGAAGAUUCAUGGAUUGUCCCAUCUCACGUAAAGCAAGCGAAAGUACUUCCUCCAGAGAGUAGAAGAGGUGCAAGUAGGAGAAAGAAACGCAGAUACGAGAAAGUUGAAGACAAGAUCCGUUCGUCACAAGGAACUCAACGCUCUAAACGUCGCAAAUGCAGUCGAUGUGGUAUGGUUGGUCACAAUAGGUCAACAUGUGAUAGAGCAAUAUAG